CUGCGGCGCGCGGCUGCGGGCGGACGGUGGAGGACGGGCGCGCCUCGGGGGCGCGCGCACGUGCGCGCGCGGCUGGCUCGACGCCCCAACCCCCCUCCUCUUCCUCCUCUACGCCUUCCUUGAGAGAGCGAGCGAGCGAGCGACCGGGAGGGAGGGGAGCGCUGGCAUUUACAUGACUUGAAGACAAAAGAUGAAUGGAAUGCUAUCAUUAAGUCACCUAGAGGAUUUAGUGACCCUUAUCAUUAAGUAAUGCUUAAAUGAAAAAGAAGACCACCAAGAAGCAAUUAAAAGCAAUUGUUACUUACUCAGGCAUCAAUGACUACGUCAUUCAAUAGAAGUCGACCUUCUUCAUCAGAGUUGGUGGAACUUCAUGUUUUUUAUGUCCCUGAAGGAUCAUGGAACUAUAAGCUAAAUACUAUUUCAGUAGAAGUUGUCAGUAAAUUUAUUUCAGCUGGAUUUAUAAGGGUGUCACCUCAUCUUACUUUGCAAGCCCUGAGAGAGCAGCUGGGUGAGUUCCUUGGUGAAGAGGCUGUUGCAGAAAAAUUCUUGUUUUUGAAAUGCAUAGGGAACAAUUUAGCUGUGGUGAAGACAAAGCAAGAAAAAGAACUAAAGCUUAAGUCAUUUGCUCCACCAUAUGCUCUUCAACCAGAAUUAUAUUUGCUUCCCAUAGUGGACCACUUAGGAAAUAUUUAUUCAUCAUCAUCAUCCUCUGCUAUGGGAGAUACACAGCAGAAUAAUACUGAUGUUUUUGAGAAUGAUAAAACUACUCAGAAACCAGAUAGUUGUGCAGCAUCUUCAAACAAGGAACAUGAAAAAGAUCCAAGCCCUAUAGAAAAUACUGAUAAAGUUCCUCCCCUCAAGAAUCAGGAAGAAGGUCAAAAGAAUAAUGAAGAAGAACCUGUUGGGUCCCAUGAUGAUUUAAGUCUUGCAAAUAUAGAAACUGGAAACAGUUCAGCCAUUUCAAAAGUCUGUAUAAAAAUGAAUCCCGAUAAAAUUUGGGAAGAAUGUGAUAGUGUUGUUACUUGGAAUAAGGUCAAAGAUCAGGCUCAAAGACACAGUGCUCACAUUUUGCUCAGAAGAAAAGUCAGCCUAAAAGACAACAAGAUUAAAAAAUAUCCAGCAAGAAAGUAUGGAUUUCUAGAAGCAAUUGAUGAUAAGCGUCUUUUUCUUGCACAAAACAAAAAAAGCCAAUUCCAAUGGGAAAACGGAGACAAGAUAACUGAUACCAGUAGAAGAAAAGAAGAUGGGUUAGGUGAUGAAGAUUUUGACAAGCCACCAGGUCCUUCUGCUCCUCCUUCAUUACCACUCCUUGCUUUUGCUCCAGGAAUGCUUGAAAAUUCUGGUUUACAAAAUGAGAAACCUGAGAUGGAACCUUUGCCAUGGAGGCAAAUACUGUACAGCCACAAAGAAAGUAACAGUCAAGGACUCAAGAUUAUGCAACAAAUGAAGCAAGUAAAGGAAGAAAGAUGUCAGUUGGAAGAGACUAGAGAAGAACUGUUAAAAAGAGUUAAAAGUUUAUUUGAACAAAGCAAAAUGAAAAGAUAUCGUGUCCAGGAAGCUUGGAAGAAAAAAUAUUUUGAAACCAAGAAAAUCACAGCUUCUUUGGAGGAAGUUUUAACCAAACUUCAAGAAGAUUUAGAACUUUAUUAUAAAAAAUUGCUCAUGCAGCUAGAAGCUAGGGAGAUCAAGAUGCGGCCCAAAAAUCUGGCAAAUAUGGAAGAUUCAAAGAAUAAUCUAAUAAUCCAAAUCACGGAGGUACAGCAUGCAAUUGACCAACUAAAGAGAAAACUGGACACUGACAAAAUGAAACUCAUGAUAGAAAUUAAGAUGAGAAAACAAGCAAUUUCAGACAUACGAACAUUAAAAAUGGAACUGGAACAGAAGAAAAUGAAGACACCUUUAAGCUCCUAGUCAAAUGUAUUUACUUAGAAGUGUCUUAGUUUUCAAAAUGUUUAGACUUAUUGGAAGACUGUCCAUCCAUUGUUCUUGCUGAUGUUUCUUUAUAAGCCUUGUAUUUCUAUUCCUUUAUUUUUCAUGCUGAGUUUAUGAAGUGACUCACAAAAUGUUAAGCACAGUAUACUUCUCCAGUACCUGGAGGAUCUGUGAUUUUAUCAGAGUGGGUGGUACCUCCACUGAAACAGAUCAUACCUCCUCCACAAGUUGGGAGAUGGAUUUUGAGAAUAGCUUUAGUUUAAAAAAAAAAGGUAGGAAGGAAGGAAAAAAGAAAGAGAGAAAGAAAGAGCAAAGUGGAAAGCUAAGUAAUUUGUUCAGGGCAUUAUUUAGUUAUUUUUGAGUACUUCAAGAAAACUGGAUUUCAUUUUACAGUAAAGUAUUGCAUUAUUAAAUUGCUGGGUUUAAAGAUAAUUCAUCUAAGAAUUAAGAAUAAAGGCCUAUUAUUAGUCUUAGCAAACCACCAUGUCUUGGUACAAAAGGCUACAUUGAUUUUUUUUCAAUGUAACCUUGAUAAUUAAAAGAAUAAUCCUUUUAUUUCAUUUUAACUAAACAGACUAAGAAUCUAAGACUCAGGAAAUUGAGAUUACCAUUUGGAGCACUCAGAGGAAACUCCUGGGAUUAGUAUCCAAGAACUGACUUAUUAACAUAUUUUAGAAGCAUAGAAUCCAUCAGUAAUUCAAAAUAAGUUAUGAAACAUCAUCCUUUUGAAUGGAUGUUCCAGGGCCUCUGCCAUAAGCAACCUUGUAAAUUGGGAGCAGAGAUCUUAAAUAUGAACUAGACCCAGCAAGGAUGGUCAAAUUUUUACUUGCUUUUAUUCUGAUUUAUGGGAAAAACCACUAAGGAAGCCUAGAUUUCUAUUAGCCCAGGGUUCACAGGAAUAGGUUUGUGAUGCCCCUAGACAGUUAUACAGCCAGUGCCAUCAAAAUGGAAAUAAUAAAUUUGACAUUUUCCCGAUGCCUAUAAUGUACCAUAUGAAAAAGCAGAUAGUUCUGAAGUGAAACCUGGCUAAAGGUUUAGAAAAGUUAUAAACAUUAAACUACUGUGUUUUAGAAAUAGAAACAUCAGUUCAUAAACUAAUGUCAUGAGGUUAAAAUUAGAUUCCAAUGUGGGAAAAUAUUGUAAAAUUUUUUUUAAAAAAACUAAGCAAUAAGGUUGCCAAUGAAUAAAUUACAGAUGCACAGAAAAGGAUCUUAGGAGAAUUGUUUCAUCAAGAAUAGCAUAAGAAUAAUAUCAGAUUAUCCGCUAAGUUAUCCCUAUAGUAAAUUUAAUAAUAAUAAAAUUCUUCUUGAAAAUAUCUGUCUCAAAAGCAUAAUUUAGCUAAAAAUGUAGGCAACACCACCAUACUAGUUUAAAAGAUUAUCUUUUAAAUUCUCUAGGCCAACUCUGUAUCUUUUAUCUUAGAGUUACUUGUCUGAAGGUUUGGGAUGAAGCAAAAAGCAAGUAUCACAGGGCACUGAGGUGCUACUUGGAAAUAAGAAUCAUUGACCCAACAGCCCAUCCUUCUUUUAACAAUACAUUGGUCCUAAGGAGAAGACACUAUAUAUCAACCAACUUUAAUAUUAGGCUUAUUGGACAAAUAAAAUUACAGAGUGAAUUGCUUCUCAGAGAAUGGGUAUUUAAAAAAAAAAUCUGUCCUAAGCAAACUAGGCUUUCCUUUACAAGUCUUAGAGCAUUUUGCAUAGUUUAUAAAUAUGUAAGCAUACAUGUUAAUAUCAUGUACAAAAGACAUGAACAUAAUAAAAUUAUGAAAAUACCGGUUUAUUAAGUGACAGAUAAAACAUCUUAUAAAAUAAAGAAGAUUAUUUCAUACUGAAA